UGUUCGGGCGGCAAAACGAGCCAGCCCGCGGUGCGGGCAGCGCGGAGCCGGCAAGAGCUGCGGCGGCCGCCCAGGCCCCGCUCUGGCCGCGGGAGCCGCCCGCGACCCGGGGCUGCGGUAGGAGCAGCAGUACGUCUCGCGGGGCGCAGCGAGGCCUCUAGCCGUGGGGAGGCCCCGGCAGGGCUGGGCCGGCCGGGCUCCACGCACCGCAGGUAUUUUGGGAGAAAUCUUGAAUACCCACUGAGGACUCUAAAGCGAACACAUACAGUAUCUGGGAAACAUACAGAGUAGCAAGAAGUGGAUUCCUGAUAUCCGCCUUGUAACUUGAGUGGACUUCUAUUUAUUUUUUCAAACUUUUUAAUAUUUACAAUGAAUGGGCACAGUGAUGAAGAAAGUGUAAGAAACAGUAGUGGAGAGUCAAGUCGGUCAGAUGAUGAUUCUGGGUCAGCGUCAGCUUCUGGAUCUGGUUCAAGCUCUGGAAGUAGUAGUGAUGGAAGCAGCAGCCAGUCAGGCAGCAGUGACUCUGACUCUGGUUCAGAGUCAGGCACUCAAUCAGAAUCAGAGUCUGACACAUCAAGAGAGAAGAAACAAAUUCAGUCUAAACCACCAAAAGCUGACGGAUCUGAGUAUUGGAAGUCUAGUCCAAGUAUACUUGCUGUGCAAAGAUCAGCAGUGCUCAAGAAGCAGCAACAACAACAAAAGGCAGUCUCAUCAGACAGUGUUUCAGAAGAGGAUUCCUCAAGUAGUGAAGAUUCAGCAGAUGACUCGUCGAGUGAAACCAAGAAGAAAAAACAUAAAGAUGAAGAUUGGCAAAUGUCAGGAUCGGGAUCCCUAUCAGGAACUGGUUCAGAUUCUGAAUCAGAGGAAGACAGGGAGAAAAGCAGCUGUGAAGAGAGUGAAUCUGACUAUGAGCCAAAAAACAAGGUCAAAAGUAGGAAACCUCCAACCAGAAUUAAGCCAAAAAGUGGGAAAAAGAAUGCAGGACCAAAAAAGAGGCAACUUAAUUCAUCAGAGGAUGAGGAGGAGGAGGAGGAGGAGGAUGAUGAUUAUGAUAAGAGGGGAUCUCGUCGCCAGGCAACAGUCAAUAUUAGUUACAAAGAAGCUGAAGAAACCAAGACGGAUUCUGAUGAUUUGCUAGAAGUUUGUGGAGAAGAUGUACCACAACCUGAAGAAGAUGAAUUUGAAACAAUAGAAAAAUUUAUGGAUAGUCGAGUUGGCCGUAAAGGAGCCACAGGUGCUGCAACUACAAUAUAUGCAGUUGAGGCAGAUGGUGACCCAAAUGCUGGGUUUGAAAAAUCAAAGGAGCCAGCAGAAGUACAGUAUCUUAUUAAAUGGAAAGGUUGGUCACACAUCCAUAACACUUGGGAAACUGAGGAAACACUGAAGCAACAAAAUGUUAAAGGAAUGAAGAAACUGGACAAUUACAAGAAAAAGGAUCAGGAAACAAAGCGAUGGCUGAAAAACGCUUCUCCAGAAGAUGUGGAAUAUUACAACUGCCAGCAGGAGCUUACAGAUGAUCUACAUAAACAAUACCAGAUAGUGGAAAGAAUAAUUGCUCAUUCAAAUCAGAAAUCAGCUGCUGGUUAUCCAGACUACUAUUGUAAGUGGCAAGGUCUGCCUUACUCUGAAUGUAGCUGGGAAGAUGGAGCUCUCAUUGCCAAAAAGUUUCAGGCACGCAUUGAUGAGUACUUCAGCAGAAAUCAGUCCAAGACCACUCCCUUUAAAGAUUGCAAGGUUCUAAAACAAAGGCCACGGUUUGUUGCACUAAAGAAGCAACCAUCUUACAUUGGAGGACACGAAAGUUUAGAGUUAAGAGAUUAUCAGUUAAAUGGUUUGAAUUGGCUUGCUCACUCAUGGUGCAAAGGGAAUAGCUGUAUUCUCGCUGAUGAAAUGGGUCUGGGUAAAACAAUACAAACAAUUUCUUUUCUGAACUAUCUGUUUCACGAGCACCAAUUGUAUGGGCCUUUCUUGCUGGUUGUGCCACUUUCUACCUUGACGUCUUGGCAAAGAGAGAUUCAAACCUGGGCUCCUCAGAUGAAUGCUGUAGUUUACUUGGGAGAUAUAACUAGUAGAAAUAUGAUAAGAACUCACGAAUGGAUGCAUCCACAGACCAAGCGAUUGAAAUUUAACAUACUCUUAACAACAUAUGAAAUUUUGCUAAAGGAUAAGUCAUUCCUUGGUGGUCUGAAUUGGGCAUUCAUAGGAGUUGAUGAAGCUCAUCGUUUAAAAAAUGACGACUCUCUUCUGUACAAAACUUUAAUUGACUUUAAGUCUAACCAUCGUCUUCUUAUUACUGGAACCCCUCUGCAAAACUCUCUCAAAGAGCUUUGGUCUUUACUGCACUUCAUCAUGCCAGAAAAGUUUUCCUCAUGGGAAGAUUUUGAAGAGGAGCAUGGCAAAGGGCGAGAGUAUGGUUAUGCAAGUCUUCACAAAGAACUUGAACCAUUUCUGCUGAGAAGAGUUAAAAAAGAUGUAGAAAAGUCUUUACCUGCUAAAGUUGAGCAAAUUCUGAGGAUGGAAAUGAGCGCGUUGCAGAAGCAGUACUAUAAAUGGAUUUUAACCAGGAAUUAUAAAGCCCUUAGUAAAGGUUCAAAAGGCAGUACCUCAGGUUUCUUGAACAUCAUGAUGGAACUCAAGAAGUGUUGCAACCAUUGCUACCUCAUUAAACCACCAGAUGAUAAUGAAUUCUAUAAUAAACAGGAGGCCUUACAGCAUUUAAUACGUAGCAGUGGGAAACUAAUCCUUCUUGACAAGCUACUGAUUCGUCUGCGAGAACGUGGCAACAGAGUCCUGAUUUUCUCACAGAUGGUAAGGAUGCUGGACAUCCUGGCAGAAUAUCUGAAAUAUCGUCAAUUCCCAUUUCAGAGACUUGAUGGAUCCAUAAAAGGGGAAUUGAGGAAACAAGCACUGGAUCAUUUUAAUGCAGAAGGAUCAGAGGACUUCUGCUUUUUACUGUCUACCAGAGCUGGAGGAUUAGGUAUCAACUUGGCAUCUGCUGAUACUGUGGUUAUAUUUGAUUCUGACUGGAAUCCACAGAAUGAUCUUCAAGCACAGGCUAGAGCACAUAGAAUUGGACAGAAGAAACAGGUUAAUAUUUAUCGACUAGUCACAAAAGGAUCGGUAGAAGAAGAUAUUCUUGAACGAGCCAAGAAAAAGAUGGUGUUAGAUCAUUUAGUUAUUCAGAGAAUGGACACUACAGGGAAAACUGUGUUACAUACAGGCUCUACUCCAUCGAGCUCGACACCUUUUAAUAAGGAGGAGUUGUCAGCAAUUUUGAAGUUUGGUGCUGAGGAACUUUUUAAAGAACCAGAAGGGGAAGAACAGGAGCCUCAAGAAAUGGAUAUAGAUGAAAUACUGAAGAGGGCUGAAACUCGGGAAAAUGAGCCAGGUCCAUUAACUGUAGGAGAUGAGUUGCUUUCACAGUUCAAGGUGGCCAACUUCUCCAAUAUGGAUGAAGAUGAUAUUGAGUUGGAGCCAGAAAGAAAUUCAAGAAAUUGGGAAGAAAUCAUUCCAGAGGUCCAGAGGCGCAGAAUAGAAGAGGAAGAAAGACAAAAAGAACUUGAAGAAAUAUACAUGCUUCCAAGGAUGAGAAACUGUGCGAAACAGAUUAGCUUCAAUGGCAGUGAAGGGAGGCGCAGUAGGAGUAGAAGAUACUCUGGAUCUGAUAGUGACUCCGUCUCAGAAAGAAAAAGGCCAAAAAAACGUGGAAGACCACGAACUAUUCCUCGAGAAAAUAUUAAAGGAUUUAGUGAUGCAGAGAUAAGGCGGUUUAUCAAGAGUUAUAAGAAAUUUGGCGGCCCUCUGGAGAGGUUAGAUGCUGUAGCUAGAGAUGCUGAGCUGGUUGAUAAAUCAGAGACAGAUCUCAGACGUUUGGGAGAGCUUGUACAUAAUGGGUGCAUUAAAGCCUUAAAGGACAACUCAGCUGGACAAGAAAGAGCAGGAGGUAGACUUGGGAAGGUUAAAGGCCCAACAUUCCGAAUCUCAGGAGUGCAAGUAAAUGCCAAGUUAGUAAUUUCUCAUGAAGAAGAGUUGGCGCCAUUGCAUAAAUCCAUUCCUUCAGAUCCAGAAGAAAGAAAAAGAUAUGUCAUCCCAUGCCACACUAAGGCUGCUCAUUUUGAUAUAGAUUGGGGUAAGGAAGAUGAUUCCAAUUUGUUAAUAGGCAUCUAUGAAUAUGGUUAUGGCAGCUGGGAAAUGAUAAAAAUGGAUCCUGAUCUCAGUUUGACACAGAAGAUUUUGCCUGAUGACCCAGAUAAGAAACCCCAGGCAAAGCAGUUACAGACCCGUGCAGACUACCUCAUUAAAUUGCUGAAUAAAGACCUUGCAAGGAAAGAAGCACAAAGGCUUGCUGGAGCAGGCAAUUCAAAGAGGAGGAAAACAAGAACUAAGAAGAAUAAGGUGCUAAAGUCUGCAAAAUUUAAAGAAGAAAUAAAAAGUGAUUCUUCACCACAACUCUCAGAAAAAUCAGAUGAAGAUGAUGAUGAGAAUAACAAGGAUGAGAUUGUUUCAAUGAAACAUCCACGUAAAAAAUUUAAAGCAGAAAAAGAAAAUGAAGAAAAGCCUGAGCCAGAUACUGGUAUAAAGAAGGAAGCUGAAGAAAAAAGAGAGACAAAAGAAAAGGAAAAUAAGAGGGAUUUGAAAAGGGAGAAAAAAGAAAAAGAGGAUAAGAAAGAAUUAAAAGAAAAGGAUAUUAAAGAAAAGAGAGAAAACAAAGUAAAAGAAUCCACACAGAAAGAAAAAGAAGUAAAGGAAGAGAAGAUAAAUGAAGUCAAAUCAGAAAAUAAGGAAAAAACUAAAAAAAUUCCAUUGCUGGAUACUCCAGUUCAUAUUACUGCAUCUAGUGAACCAGUUCCUAUAUCAGAAGAAUCUGAAGAACUAGAUCAGAAAACUUUUAGUGUGUGCAAGGAAAGGAUGAGGCCUGUCAAGGCAGCAUUGAAACAGCUGGAUCGACCAGAGAAGGGCCUUUCUGAAAGAGAACAGCUGGAACAUACUAGACAGUGUCUUAUCAAAAUUGGGGAUCAUAUUACUGAAUGUCUCAAGGAGUACACCAAUCCUGAACAAAUUAAACAGUGGAGAAAAAAUUUGUGGAUUUUUGUCUCUAAGUUUACAGAAUUUGAUGCCAGAAAGCUGCACAAACUGUAUAAACAUGCAAUCAAAAAACGUCAGGAAUCGCAGCAACAAAAUGAUCAGAAUAUUAGUGGCAAUGUGAAUACACAUGUAAUUAGACAUCCAGAUGUGGAAAGACUGAAGGAGAAUACAAACCAUGAUGACAGUAGUAGGGACAGCUACUCCUCUGAUAGACAUCUGUCACAAUACCAUGAUCAUCAUAAAGACAGGCAUCAGGGAGAUGCAUACAAGAAAAGUGACUCCAGGAAAAGGCCCUAUUCAGCCUUCAGCAAUGGAAAAGAUCACAGAGACUGGGAUCACUACAAACAAGACAGCAGAUACUACAGUGAUAAUAAACAUAGAAAGUUAGACGACUACAGGAGCAGAGACCACAGGUCAAGCGUGGAAGGGAGUCUAAAAGACAGCCGGGUUCAUUCGGAUCACCGUUCCCAUUCAGACCACAGGACGCAUUCAGAUCACCGUUCCUCUUCUGAGUACAGCCAUCAUAAAUCUCCCAGAGAUUAUAGGUACCACUCAGACUGGCAAAUGGACCACAGAGCUUCAGGUAGUGGCCCAAGGUCACCACUGGAUCAGAGGUCUCCUUAUGGUUCAAGAUCUCCCCUAGGUCACAGAUCUCCAUUUGAACAUUCAUCAGAUCACAAAAGUACACCUGAACAUACAUGGAGUAGCCGGAAAACAUAACAAAGACUGAUAUUUUCUGGACCUUCUUUUAGCCAUAUACAGUAAAUUAACACAAUAAUUGCCUUACAUGACUUGAAAGAUAUAGACGGGAUAUUCUAUCGGUAGCAGUAUUGUUACUUCUUUCCAGAAUGCAAGGUCUAUUAUCCCAACAGAAGAAAAAUAUUUUUGUAUUUAAAGUUUAUGCUGCACUGUGCUGCAAAUGCUGUGGCACUUUUUUUUAAGAAAUUGAAUAUGUUUACUUUUACAGGGACCUCAACACUGCCCAUUUCAGACUGGAUCUUACUAUGAAACUCUUCAUGUCAAAGUGGUUUGAGGCUGAUAAUGUUUUAAGUUAUGUUUGUAAACGAACUUUUAAACACUGACCUGUGCUCAUAUUUCAGGAGGGAAUGGGGAGAAUAUUUUUUUUCUUAGUAAUGAACUCUCAAGGACUUUGUUCACUUUCCAAAGCUACUUGUUUACAUUGUACACUGCGACCACCUUGCCGCUUUUCAUCACAAGCUUGAAUAUUUAAAUUCUGUACCUAUAACUGUAAAAUAGCCAGGAUUUCUCCUGUUUGUGAUCAGUUACAAUGCCUUUUUACAAAACAAACAAACAAUAAUAAAAAAAGCGAAACACAAACAAAUGGCUGUAAAUUGUUGUAAAUUUAUUAAGUGAGGUUUUUGCCCCCUCAGGCUUUUUCUGAUUGCUCCUUUCCCCACCAACUCAGGACUUCUUGUCACAAUUACGAAACAAAAUCAGUAUACUUACAUGUUUCAAUAAAAGAUUUUGAUGGAGUCACUGCUCAGAAUGUAAAAAUGGGGAAAGGGAACUUUAUUCCAUUUAGUGCUCCCUUUUUUGGAUACUUUAGAUACAUGUCUUGGAUUUUGGCUUUGUGGUUGUUUUUGUUGGGUUUUUUGUUUUGGUUUGGUUUGGGUUUUUUGUUUUGUUUCUUUUUGGUUUUUUUAUUGUUGGGUUGGUGGGGUUUGUGUAGGAGGUUUUUGGUGGUUUUUUGGGUUUUUUGGUGGUUGGUUUGUUUGGGAGUUUGGGUGUGAGGGUUUUUUUUGGAGGGUAUCUUUUUUCCGUAUUAAACUGUCGUGUUGUGAUUGUAAUGAAAUGGUAAGAAAUAUCUAGCUAAACUGUGCUCUGGAAAGUUUUUCAGGUGCAUUGGUUUUAAAGGAAGUGUGUCAAAUACUUGAACACUUCAGUAUCCAAAUCAGUCAAAAUUAAUUGUAAAUUCAUAUGUUCCCUCUUCAACAUGGGCAAUAAUGUCAAAUGUGCUAUGCAGGUAAUUAAUAUUUUAGAAGAUUUGAAUUAUGACUUUAUUGACAUAAUUGUUACAAUGCACACUGAUUGUACAUAGAUAACUUCUAUCUGAAAAAUUAAAUUUAAACUAAAAGGACAUGUGGGUC